AUGUACUAUUCUUUCAUAUUUCUUCUUUUUAUCUUAGGAGUCUGCAUCGCAGAUGUUUCCAACAUUACCACUCCAGCAACCGCAGGUUGUAAUGCAGAUAAUUGUUAUCGUGCAGUUAGUGGAGACUUUCGUGGACCUUUUCAGCAAGCCAUAGCAUAUGAUGAUUGUAUUGAUUAUAUGGAAAACUUCUGCACGGUGGACGUCAUCAAUAUCACUGUUACUUCCAUCAUCUUGACAACAAUUACCGAGGUAUCGACUGUGGGAAAGCGAGCGGUAGCAACGACUCCCUUUUCACUUCCACCAUAUGCUAGUGCCUGCUCUAAUGAAGCACGCUAUUCGAGUGCUUGUUCAUGUUGGGGUAUUUUACCUGACACUAUCACUGAAACUGUACCUACGUACACUACCUACACCACCUCUACAGUUACCACUGGCCUUCCCCCUGUCUGCCCCACAGGCAAAGCCCUCAUGAAAGAUUCCCUCAACUGUGGCUCCUGCGGUUACGUCUGCGACACGGGCUAUUGUGAACACGGCACCUGCAAUACAUUUCCCUGUAUCCCCACUAAAUGCGAAGAAGGCAUUAAACCAUGCGUUGUCGAUUCCACCUGUUUCUGUUUCAAUACUUUCACAGGACUAGGUUUCUGCGGUGAAAAUAUCGUCUGUGCUGAGGCAAAAGAUUGUUAUGAUGAUGGUGAUUGUCCAAAUGCUUAUGUUUGUGCUUGGGAUACCUGCUGUGGGAAUAAUGUAUGCGUGCUUGGAAAUUGUCCGAAUCCGGCGGCGAAGUUGGUGAGAAUGGUGCAGAGGAAGAGGGAUGCUUUGAUUGGGGAUACGGCAGCUUAUAGAGCGACAUGA